AUCGGACCGGCGCUCGCCGGAGCCCGGAUUCUCUUUGUUCCGCAGCCAUUUCAGGCCCCGGACGGGAGGCAGCGCCGCUUCGGCAGAAAGGCCCGAGCGCCGGAGGCCUCUGGGAUGGUGUGGGACCGGCAAACCAAGAUGGAGUAUGAGUGGAAACCUGACGAGCAAGGGCUUCAGCAGAUCCUGCAGCUGCUCAAGGAGUCCCAGUCCCCAGACACCACCAUCCAGAGGACCGUGCAACAAAAACUGGAACAACUCAAUCAAUACCCAGAUUUUAACAACUACUUGAUUUUUGUUCUUACAAAAUUAAAAUCUGAAGAUGAGCCCACACGGUCAUUGAGCGGUCUGAUCUUGAAGAACAAUGUGAAAGCUCAUUUUCAGAACUUCCCAAAUGGUGUGACAGACUUCAUCAAGAGUGAAUGUCUAAAUAACAUUGGGGACUCCUCUCCGUUGAUCAGAGCCACUGUCGGUAUUUUAAUUACAACCAUAGCCUCCAAGGGAGAACUGCAGAAUUGGCCUGAUCUCUUACCAAAACUCUGUAGCCUGCUGGAUUCCGAAGACUACAACACGUGUGAGGGAGCCUUCGGUGCCCUUCAGAAGAUAUGUGAGGACUCUGCAGAGAUUUUAGACAGUGAUGUCUUAGAUCGCCCUCUCAACAUCAUGAUCCCCAAGUUUUUACAGUUUUUCAAGCACAGUAGUCCCAAAAUAAGGUCUCACGCUGUUGCAUGUGUCAAUCAGUUCAUCAUCAGUCGGACCCAGGCACUCAUGCUGCACAUCGAUUCCUUCAUUGAGAACCUCUUUGCACUGGCUGGCGACGAGGAAGCAGAGGUGAGGAAGAACGUGUGCCGGGCGCUUGUGAUGCUGCUUGAAGUCCGGAUGGACCGCCUGCUUCCUCAUAUGCACAACAUAGUCGAGUACAUGCUGCAGAGAACCCAAGACCAAGAUGAGAACGUAGCUCUGGAGGCCUGUGAAUUCUGGCUGACUUUGGCUGAACAGCCAAUAUGCAAAGAUGUACUUGUAAGGCAUCUACCAAAGUUGAUUCCUGUGUUAGUGAAUGGCAUGAAGUACUCAGAUAUAGAUAUUAUCCUGCUUAAGGGUGAUGUUGAGGAAGAUGAGACCAUCCCGGACAGUGAGCAGGAUAUACGGCCACGGUUUCAUCGCUCCAGGACAGUGGCUCAGCAGCACGAGGAGGACGGGAUUGAGGAGGAAGAAGAUGACGAGGAUGAAAUUGAUGAUGAUGACACGAUUUCUGACUGGAACCUGAGAAAAUGUUCUGCUGCUGCUCUCGAUGUUCUCGCAAAUGUUUAUCGUGAUGAGCUUUUGCCGCACAUUUUGCCACUUUUGAAAGAAUUGCUUUUCCAUCAUGAAUGGGUUGUGAAAGAAUCUGGCAUCUUGGUUUUAGGAGCAAUUGCUGAAGGUUGUAUGCAAGGCAUGAUUCCAUACCUGCCCGAGCUCAUACCUCACCUUAUUCAGUGCCUUUCUGAUAAAAAGGCUCUUGUGCGUUCCAUCACCUGCUGGACUCUUAGCCGCUAUGCACACUGGGUAGUCAGCCAGCCACCAGAUACAUACCUGAAGCCAUUAAUGACAGAACUGCUGAAGCGUAUCCUGGAUAGCAACAAGAGAGUACAAGAAGCUGCUUGCAGUGCCUUCGCUACAUUAGAAGAGGAGGCUUGUACAGAGCUCGUCCCUUACCUUGCUUAUAUACUCGAUACCCUCGUCUUCGCCUUCAGUAAAUACCAGCAUAAGAACCUGCUCAUUCUGUACGACGCCAUAGGGACACUGGCAGAUUCAGUGGGACAUCAUUUAAACAAGCCAGAAUAUAUCCAGAUGCUAAUGCCUCCUUUGAUCCAGAAAUGGAACAUGCUGAAGGAUGAAGACAAGGAUCUUUUCCCUUUGCUUGAGUGCCUCUCAUCUGUUGCCACAGCCUUGCAGUCUGGCUUCCUUCCAUAUUGUGAACCUGUAUAUCAGCGUUGUGUAAACCUAGUACAGAAGACUCUAGCACAAGCCAUGCUAAACAAUGCUCAACCAGAACAGUAUGAAGCUCCAGAUAAAGAUUUUAUGAUUGUGGCUCUUGACUUACUCAGUGGCCUGGCUGAAGGCCUGGGAGGCAACAUCGAGCAGCUGGUGGCCCGAAGUAACAUCCUGACACUAAUGUAUCAGUGCAUGCAGGAUAAAAUGCCCGAGGUUCGGCAGAGUUCUUUUGCAUUGCUAGGUGACCUGACUAAAGCGUGCUUCCAGCAUGUUAAGCCUUGUAUAGCUGAUUUCAUGCCAAUAUUGGGAACCAAUCUAAAUCCAGAGUUUAUUUCAGUCUGCAACAAUGCCACCUGGGCGAUUGGGGAAAUAUCAAUUCAAAUGGGUAUAGAGAUGCAGCCUUACAUCCCUAUGGUGUUGCACCAGCUUGUGGAGAUCAUCAACAGACCCAACACCCCAAAGACGCUGUUGGAGAACACAGCAAUAACAAUUGGUCGUCUUGGUUACGUUUGUCCUCAAGAGGUGGCCCCCAUGCUACAGCAGUUUAUAAGACCCUGGUGUACUUCUCUGAGAAACAUAAGAGACAAUGAAGAAAAAGAUUCAGCAUUCCGUGGGAUUUGUACCAUGAUCAGUGUGAAUCCCAGUGGCGUAAUCCAAGAUUUUAUAUUUUUUUGUGAUGCUGUUGCAUCAUGGAUUAACCCAAAAGAUGACCUCCGAGACAUGUUCUGUAAGAUCCUUCAUGGAUUUAAAAACCAAGUUGGGGAUGAAAAUUGGAGGCGAUUCUCUGACCAGUUUCCUCUUCCCUUAAAAGAGCGUCUUGCAGCUUUUUAUGGUGUUUAAUCUAAUACACUUAAGCUGCAGUCCCAAAACUAGGGGUCCGUCAGUCUUGGAGACUAUGGGAGCCUCUGCACCCAGGGAAAAUGUUACCCUUUACAGGGGGGAAGGGUAAACCAGUAGGGAAUACAGUACAAUCCCAGCCCUACUGGGAGGGGCGGGAGGGAGGUGUUGCCGUCACUGUACUAAGUCGAUGUUGGGAAAUGUUUUAACAUCUGGAGCCUUUGUGGGUGGAAAUCUGUCUCCAAUUACAACUCUGCACUGGAUGUGAAGAAGCAAAAACUUUCGUCUACUCACAGAACAGUACUUUCUGGAAUAUUACGGGGGAUUGUACCAAAACAAGAACCACUUACACAAUGCCUAGGGAAUGAGGAGGAGGAGGAGGAAAAUCCCAGGUCCACAGCAAAGGACAGCUAAGAGUGGGAGGCUGCAGCAGUAAGGUAGCUUUUUAUCAAAGGUUUUUAUCUAAAUUUCCCACGUUACAGGGCCUUGUCUUGCAUGCUGAUGAAGAACUACUUAGAACUAACAGUUAAAGUCAGCUUGCCUCCCUAGUAGAAGCAGGUUCUUGGAAGUUACAAUUUAAGGUACCCCCAAAAAGUUGGAAAUAAAAGGAAACAAAUUUGAACAACGAAGCACCCUGUGACAUGCCGACGCGCCACUCCUUUAUCUUUGCGGGCUGGGCAGGGAGGGAGGAAUAACUGGGGUCGGGGAUCAAACGAAAGGUGACAUCUAAUUUCACAUUAAAAUGUUAGUGGAUAUAAUUUCAUGGUUGUACUUCUUAGAUUUAAUUUCUAGGCCAACACAUUAUCUUAAGGUGCAGUUUUAAGGUUCAGGCAUGCGCUCUGGCUCAUAGUGUUUGAAAGUGAUGUCCAUUAGUGGGACCGUAGCAUGCUUGCCUCGCAUAGAGUGCGGUUGGUAUUCAUUUACCUAUGUGCGCCAGUUUGGGUUGCCGUUACCACUUCAAUAUAGCCCUGCAUUUAAAAUUCCUUUUAAGAUUCGUGGAUUUUAUUUUUAUUAAGUAUAUAGAUAUAUAAAGUACUGUAGUUUACAGCUAGGCCUUGAAAUAUCUUUUUAGGAUCUGUUAGGAAUAAGAUUGAUAUUGUAUUGUGUGUAACCUGCACAAUGUGGAAAGCUGAUAUACCUGUGCAAAACCUUUGCCUCUGUGCUGUCAAUGUGGUGUGCUUUCUGCAUGGUUAUAUACUACUAGUAACUUUAUCAAACUUCAAAAUACAUGGUAAAAGAUCUGUAAAGGCUGCAUCAAUGUUAGUUGGCACAUUAAUUGUAGAAGUUGAAACAUGAUCGCUAUAUUUCCAUGUUUAUUCCCGUUCAACGUACUGCCUCUAAGCUUUCCUUUAAUUUCUUUAUUUUUAUUUUUGUUCGAAGCAUGAUCUUAAAGAUAUGUUUAAGUUAAUGGGUGUAAUGCAGGGUUCCUACACUGUAUUGGCGCAUGUUGGUGGCCCUCUGUGCCCUACGCAUAUGCACAUAGGGCACAUACACAGCUACAGAGUGAGAAUUGGUUUGGAUCCUCUUCAUUUCAUUUGUUUGCCUUUCUGUUAUUUUUCCCUCUGCUUCCGUGUAUCUCUGUGAAUAAAUCCUUGUUACGUUAACCCUUUGCUCUUCCUCCCAUGUGUAUUUUCUUACAUACUGUGAAUGUGAAGACCCUAACUGGUACACUUGAUCUUAUGUCCAUAUGAAAGUGCAAAUCUUUAUUAAUUUGGAUUGCCUGAGCAGUGUGUAUCCCAUGAUGAUGAAGGGAAAUGGAGAGAUUUUUUUUCCUUUUAGCUCUGCUGGUCAGAGAUGAAGCCACACCUUUCCAUUUUUCAAUGCUGCAUAUUUAAUCUGCAAAAAAAAAAAGUUAAGCCAUAACAGCCUUUUUAUAUUUUAAUUUGACACCUUCGCAUUGCAGAAUAAAUACCCAAUAACUGUUUUUAUAGGAGUUGCUCCUCUCUGCAUGGUUCUGUUCUAUAGAAGUGACUGAUACCGGCCAUUGCACUGAAGUGUGAGCUGUCCGUGUGUGACUUUAUAAAUACAGUUUUAAAACAUUUCACAUGCAUGGUAGCACGCAGAGGGUUUUGUUGUGGAUGUGUUUGUUUGUUUUAACAUGUUCUUUUACUUUCUUUUCUUCUGUUUUGGCUUUGCAAAUUUCAGUCUGUGGGGCCUGAAAUAAAACCAUGUAUAGUGCCCAGUCUGUCUUUCCUUUUUUAUUUUUAAGCUAGACUCAAGGAUGUGUGGUAUUUCGCUUUUUUAGUACAUUACCUUACUGGAAGCUUAAAAUUUGCUUCUCAGUUGGCCUUUAAAGCAAGAGUGGAAUAGCUAUUUUAUUCUUAGGUUGUAGAAUGCCCUGUAGUGCUUCAGAUACUUUGGGAACAUAAUAUAGGAGAUAGUCUUACGUAAGUAAUAUAGAAACAGCCACAUUUGUCCAUUAAUGCAUAAGAAACAAAGUAAAGUUUUCUGGAUCUGUGAUAAACAAUUCUUUGUUAAUUAAAGGCAAUUUUAUUACCUGUCUAAUUAAGAAAACAUUUCCAAGUUAGCAGUUAUGCAGCUCAAAGCAGUAUUUGGCUUUAUAGUAAAUUUGUUUCUAAAUCUAAUAACUUUAAAAUAGAAACUUAAGUAAAUAUGGCUUAUACCCUAACACUAGGGUGGUUUUCUUUUCUAAUGUAGCUUUCCCUGUUGAGGCUAUUGUUUCUUCUUAAUUUAUAUUAUAUUUUAAACAACAUAGUAUAUAGCACAGGAAUUUGCAGAAGCCAUUUAAGUUUUUUGAGGUCAGCGCUGAGUUAGCAUUUAUUGUUUUGAUGAAACGUGACACAUCAUGGGAUAUAUAUAUAUAUAUAUAUAUAUAUAUAAAGAACUUAAUUCUUGUGGUGCAGUCUUGAUAGUUUUGAAUGUUGCCUAAAUGUCUAUGAGGUUGCGAGUUUGUCAUUGUUACAUUCCAGUGUUUCUGCCUCUUGGCAUGCUUAAAGCACGGCUUACUUCAUCUGCUCCUUACACACUAAAAUGCUCUUAGUGUGCUCAACUACAGAGAUAGCCGCUGCUGAGUGAUGUAGAUUUUCUACUUGAAUAUUUUUAUGUUGUAGGAACCUCAGGAGGUCAGUGUUUACUGUUUUAUAUAUGCCUUCUUUUUCCUGUUUGAGCUUCUCUCUCUGAAGGAUUCUAACAGAACAAAAGCUGCUGAUCAACCUAAGUUGGAAACAGAAAGUGUGUCUAGUGUCAUUGAAGUGCGUGCUUGGCAGUUCCAUGUUCCCCACCACCCAUUAGUUAGCAAGCGAACUUAGUGCCACAGGUGUUCAUUUACUCGGGAAAUGGUUUUGCUUUUUGUAUUGUCUAAUCUCUUUAAUGACUUCAUACUGUGUAAGGAAAAUGACUUUUGUAUUGUUUGUUGGUUAUUUCCAGAGUAACCACCUUGUAAAUACCCUAGAGCCAGCUCUGAUGCUUUACAUCGUUGCUACUUGAUUCUGUUAUGCAACUCAGAUCUCAGAUCUCAGAAUACCUAACCAAGCCAUUACAUCUUAAAACAAAACAAGUAGCAUACAUUUUGUAAUUAACAUUGAUAAACACUGUGAUUUUUUUGGUUAAAACUUUUUCAUUGAUCUGAAUUGCUUAAAUUGCAUAUAUUGUAAAAUAGAGUCAGAUGUAUAUUUUAAAAUAAUUUCAGCUGACUUUCCUCUGACUGCUUUGUCUACUCAGUUAGAAAUAUUCAGAUACAAGUUUUAUCUCAGGUGAAUAUCCUUGUAUCGUUUUGCUUCGCUGACAUGUUUAUAAAGAAAGACCAUCACACUUAAUAGUCUUUGGAGGUUUGUAAGGGUUUUUUUGUUUUGUUUUGUUUUAAUGUAUUUUAUUAUCUUCCCGGUUAGUCGAUUAUUUUUCCCCCUCCAAUUGUUUUACCAGACCAGAGAGAGAAAUAAAAACCUCUCCUUUUACAAACACUCAGAAUACAAAAGUGGAAUCUUCCCUACAUAAAAUUUUGCAAAGUCGGGGUGCCAGAAUUAAAUUAUGUAUUAAACUCUUGUCUCCAUUUAACACCUUUGCAGUGAAAAAUUUUUUGCUUCAUAUAGUUAAUUAUAUUCAUAUUGAAUGUAUUAACAGAUAGCAGUGCAGAAGCAUUCUUCCCAAGAGAAGAGUAUACCAUGCACGUCUGCACCCCAGGCCCUUCCUCUGAGUCUUCAGGUGCACACACCCUUCUUGUGGAGCUACUUUUGCAAAUAUUACAAGGUGGGGGGACACUAAUUGUUGCUGCUAGUGCUGUCUAAUAACGUGGUCAUUGGAAUCUAAGGAAACUAGGGUCUGUGGUUAACACCCUGGGAUAAUUGCGAUGGGCAGAUGUGCAGUAAUGGCCUGUGUUGGUAACAAUAUUAUCUAGUUCAAUGCCAUGCAGUAGCAUUGUCUAGCAACUAGUGCAUUUCAUACUGUAUUAAAUAUGGCACUGCUUCUAAGCCUCGUUCCAGUUGAGUUUCACAUGAGAGUUAGCUCCUCUUGCCUGUCUUUCUGGGUAACUGGAAGCUAACUUCAGGCUUGAUACAGAUCUUCUCCCUGUUGGUAUUACAUACAUAGAGAUAAUUCUCAAUGCCUAAUUAAUAUACAUUUGUUAAGGUAUAAGCAUAAUUACAGCAACUGUUUUUAUAGUUUGUAUCCCAGAGUAUAUUGUGUUGAAAUAAAAAGAUGCAUAGCAGCUGAAUGUAUGCAUGACUUUGAGGGAAGUUAAAACUGGUUUUCUUUUCCCCACCUCUGCACAUUAAAAAACCAAGCCAAAUCUAUUUGCCAAUAAUAGAUCACUAAUUACAAAGCUAGUAGUUUUCCUUUGGGUAAGAGUCUGUUUGCCAUACAUCACUCUUCCACUGUGGCUUGGUAUUGUGCAGAUUACCUCUUUGAUAGGUCUAGUCACCUUGUUCAAUGCCUGUCUAACAUGGUUAGCUACAAGGCAAUGUUGUCUCCUCCUAAUGUCCACCUCAGUGAAGAGGUUCCACUCUAUCUCCUCACCUCUUGUCACGGCUUCCCUAUGUGGAUAUAUAGAGAACCAAACUGAUUUGUUGUUGUUGUUUUUUUUUUUAAUGGAGAUAGUAAUUAGAUAAUACUAUGUAAUUAAUUUUACUCCGUAGAUUAUCAUCUUAAGAGAUGCUUAAACAUGGUAAAUCAGUUCUUAUUAUGAAAGUUUUACACUUAGUAUUCAUGUUAACCUCGGGUGCAAUAACUUCGUAGUACUUGCUUAGUUAGUUAUAAAUAACUGGAUCUUUCUGCUGACAACUUAGGUUGUAUGAGUUAUGCUUAAAAGCUUUAAAUCAGAUGUUUCCUGUACUUGCCACACUAUGUUAGAAUGUGUCCUUCAACCAUAUCCUGCAACUUCUCAAACUGUACUAAAUUGAUAUUUCUUGAAGUCUAACUCUGUGCUAACAGAUCUUCAUUUUAAAUAGAAUACGGUUUUAAUUUUUGAUAAGCUGCUGAAUUUUAAAGAGAGUUUUUUGGGGCCACCAAAUAUUUUGGAUCAUGCAGAGAAUAUAUAUUGUACUGUAGUAAUUUUGUAUUUACAUUUGUAUGAUGUGACAUAAUAGAUGUGAAUGUUAAUCACUGCUUGACUAUGUUAAUAAAGUUGUUUAACUAUA